GAGGAACUAUUCUUGAAAUCACAGGAGGGAACUUGUAGCUCACGCACUUUUAGCAGACAGAGACACUGAAAGAACCUACAGCUCAAAUACUAAAGUGUUGCCAAGAUGAAUGACACCAACAGUUCCAAAGAAUGUGACUGGUACUUCCAUCGCAACACAGCAAGAAUUCUGCUGCCAAUAUUUUAUACUGUGAUUUUCGUGUUUGGACUCUUUGGAAACAUACUGGCUUUGUUUGUUAUUCACAAAAACAGAAGAAAGCUCAAUUCUACCACACUCUACUCAAAGAAUCUGGUGAUCUCGGAUAUAUUUUUUGCCAUUGCGUCACCUACCAGAAUUGUAUACUAUGCCUUGGGGUUUGAUUGGAUAUUAGGAGAAGCAUUUUGUCGAAUAACUGCCCUUUUCCUUUACAUAAAUACUUAUGCAGGUGUAAACUUUAUGACUUGUUUGAGCGUCGACAGAUUUCUGGCGGUAGUUCAUCCACACCGUUUUAACAGGAUCCGGAGAGUGAGGACUGCGAGAAUCAUCUGCAUGGUGGUUUGGCUGCUUGUCUUUUUCCAAACAUUCCCUCUACUGCUACUGGAAAUGUCACACGUAGAGGAGCGAGAUGCCAAGAUUACCUGUAUGGAAUAUCCCAACUUUGAAAAAAUACCUAAUUUGCCAUAUAUGCUUCUUGGAGCAUGUCUCAUUGGAUAUUUCAUCCCUUUAAUAAUUAUACUGUUUUGCUAUUCCCAGAUAAGCUUAAAACUCUGCCAGACUGCAAAGAAAAAUCCACUGACAGAAAAAUCUGGCACCAACAAAAAAGCAACCAACACAAUCAUUUUGGUAAUUGUGGUGUUUUUUAUCUGCUUUACUCCUUAUCACAUUGUUAUUACACAGUAUAUGAUUAGAAAGUUACAAUACGAACCAGACUGCAGCGAGAAGCAGAUCUUUCAUUCCAUACUUCAUAUUACUGUGUGCCUCAUGAACCUUAACUGCUGCCUGGAUCCCCUCAUAUACUUUUUUGCAUGCAAAGGAUACAAAAAUCAGAUCAUGAAACUAUUAAAGAGGCAAGCCAGCAUAUCAUCCUCCAGUGCAACAAGACCAGCAGCUGACGGAAGCUCCCGUGAUAUAACCGAAGUAGUACAAUGCAUACCACUAACCCAUGACCCAAGUAACACACAUAGGACAACAAGGACAAUGGAAACAAAUAAGACCAAUAGUAAUAGUAAAAAAAAAAAAAUAACCCCAGCAUAAAAAUUGAACAAUGCAUUUGGAUUGCCCUACUAUGCUUAUAAAAGGUCAACAGAUAUUUACAAAAGGAUCCAAGGGUUACUUAGAAGAACCAACAGCCCAGUAUGGACAGCAUACAUUUAUUUUUAGAGGAUCCCAAUGGCAAGCAGUGUUGUUGACAAUGUAUAUAGCUAAACCACAAACAAAGCAACACAAAAUGAAUAACUAAGGACAAUGGAAGCAAAUAUCCAAAACAUUAAUGUAACCUAGACAUUAAAAAAAGAAGAUUAUGUAUCUAGUUUAUCUUACUUUGUUAAUGACAUAGUCUGCAUGAUAUAGGAUAAUUAUGACAAGUUAUAUUGCUCUUGGUGUCGCUCAAAGUAGAGGUGAAAGUAUAUUCUCACGUCCCAUAGCUAGGGGUGCAGGCUUAUCCUGACACUGACCCAGAGAGCUAGUGAAUAUAAAGAGGAAAGGAUUGCUGCUACUUCCGACCAGCCCAGGUGAACAAACCCCAAGACCCCUUUCACACUGGGGUGCUUUGCCGGUGCUAUAACGCUAAAAAUAGCGCCUGCAAAGCACCCUGAAACA